GAUUUGGCCGGCGUUAGAGAGAGAGAGAGAUCCAGCGGUUGAGAUGUUCUUACGGGCAAUCGGACGGCCAUUGCUGGCUAAAGUGAAGCAGACGACAGGGAUCGUAGGGCUUGACGUUGUACCGAACGCGAGGGCGGUGCUGAUCGAACUAUAUACGAAAACCCUAAAGGAGAUCGAAGCCGUGCCCGAGGAUGAAGGAUACCGAAAAGCGGUGGAAUCCUUCACGCGGCACCGUCUCAGUGUCUGCAAGGAAGAAGAAGACUGGGAGGCGAUCGAGAAGCGUCUUGGUUGCGGUCAAGUGGAGGAGCUCAUCGAAGAGGCUCAAGAUGAGCUCACACUCAUUGCCAAAAUGAUCGAAUGGGACCCUUGGGGUGUUCCAGAUGACUACGAGUGUGAAGUAAUUGAGAACGAUGCACCGAUUCCAAACCAUGUUCCUCAGCACCGGCCUGGCCCUCUUCCUCAGGAUUUCUACACAACUCUUGAAGGUCUAAUUUCAGAGUCCAAAACAAAAAUCCCACCUGCUUUGAAGGAGUAACUUCCAGUUUUACUUUGUUUGUACUUGUUGCUUUUUUUUUUUGGCUUGUGUUUGUUUCUGAGACAGUCAGCCUCUGAAACAGUUGCUCAAUAAUUUUGAAAACUAUAACAAUGUAACUCUUUUCAUAAAUGUUUUAUCAUUCCUCUCAAGAAGCUACGAUAAUACGAACAUGUAGUCCCUAUUGCAGGAACUUUUACCAUUCUUAAUGACAUGUACUCA